UUGAGUUUAACGGUGUGAUGACACAAGCCUGUCCAAUUGAAAAUUGCUCACGAAACACUUCAGACGAGCGUUACAACAGUGGCCCCCGUUGUUGAUACCUGCUCAUAGCUCUGGAAUGCACCGACAUGCGAGUGUGUGCGUUCUGUGUGCCGUUGAUGUACUUGAUCUAUGUCCAUUUACCUACAUUGGAGAAAAGGCAGUAGCGAUAAGAGAACGGCAAGGUAUUUGCUUCUGAUUAGGAUUCCUAUAAGGGCGCGUUUAUGAGCGAAGUCAUAUGAACCGCAGAGGGCCAGGACUGUAUCUUACGGAAGCAAACACGUGUUUUUCGCUCCCGUCCGCGAUGCUUUUCCACGGCCUGGCCGAAGGCGACAUUCACGGCAUGAUGGAAGAAAUGGAGCGCAGAGGGAAGAACGACUCGGCUGCUAUCAGCUCGGCCAUCGAUAUGGGCGAACGAGAAACGAGCAUGCCGUCGAUGAGCGGUGAGCGUGUGGCUCUGUGUGCCGGCUGCGGAGGGAAAAUAUCCGACCGCUAUUACUUGCUUGCCGUAGACAAGCAGUGGCACAUGCGUUGUCUGAAAUGCUGCGAGUGUAAACUCAACCUGGAGUCCGAGCUAACCUGCUUCAGUAAGGAUGGAAGCAUCUAUUGCAAGGAAGACUAUUACAGAAGGUUUUCUGUGCAGAGGUGCGCGCGCUGCCAUCUCGGGAUUUCAGCCUCGGAAAUGGUAAUGAGAGCUCGGGACUUGGUGUACCACUUAAACUGUUUCACCUGCACAACGUGCAACAAAAUGCUGACCACGGGCGAUCAUUUCGGCAUGAAGGACAGUCUUGUGUACUGCCGUUUACACUUCGAGACGGUCGUGCAAGGGGACUACGGACACUUCAAUCACACGGACGUGGCUCCAAGUAAAGCGCUGGGAACAGCGGGGGCGCUCGCGCUCUCCUACUACAACGGUGUGGGCAGCGUACAGAAAGGACGCCCGAGGAAACGGAAAAGCCCUGGGCCCGGAGCAGAUUUGGCCGCUUAUAACGCAGCACUGAGCUGCAAUGAAAAUGAUGGGGAUCCCAUGGACAGAGACUCUCAGUACAAUUCUGGUCAGAAGACCAAGCGAAUGAGGACUUCCUUCAAGCACCAUCAGCUGAGGACCAUGAAGUCUUACUUUGCUAUCAACCACAAUCCUGAUGCCAAGGAUUUGAAACAGCUUGCACAGAAAACAGGUCUUACAAAGCGUGUACUUCAGGUCUGGUUCCAGAAUGCCAGGGCCAAAUUCCGACGAAAUCUUCUGCGUCAGGAGAAUAAUGGGGUGGACAAAGCUUCAGAUGGGUCAACUCUAGCUGGUGGAACCCCAUCUGGUCCAGCAUCAGAAAUUUCAAAUGCCUCGAUGAGCCCAUCUAGCACACCCACCACACUGACAGACCUCACCAACCCUACCAUGCCCACUGUCACCUCCGUAAUGACCUCUGUGCCAGGCACCUUGGACGUGCGUGAGUGCCGGAGUCCUUCACAGACCACGCUUACCAGCCUCUUCUGAUGCCUAACACUCAGUGAUAAUCACCACUGACUCUUAUAGCUGUGCAAUUAUAGAGCAUAUCCUGUUUUCUGAUCUAAAUUGUGAAAGAAUCCAUCACUGGUUUACUUUACUUGGAAACCACUUGAUAAAGUCUGUACCAUAAACACCCUUCCUAGACCUGAGGCUCGCAAAUGCUGUUUGUAAAAUGGUGCGAUAAUGCAGCUGUGAUUAGUGGCACAAAACUUUCAAAGUCAAAGAUGUUCCAAUUUGGGCACUGUUUUCAAUACAACUAACAAAAUGCAAACAUAUGGUCAUGCCAACUAGAACAAUAGACAAUUAAAAGACUUAAACUACAUAAAAUAGGGGGAAAGACAAAAACAAAUUUGAAAUUUGUUAAAAAGAAAAAAACUUUUGUUUGAUCGUGAGCCUCUUUCAGAGUAUUCAGAGUAUAGAGGCAGGCAUGCCUCAGUGAAAGGAUGUUGAUGUUUUUGUUGUUGUUUUUUGUCUUUAAUGGAAUCGAAGAGAAAUUAUUUGAUUUUUUAUUUCCUUCUUACCCUACUAUGUUUACAGCAUAAGACUGAGGAUAGAAGUGCUCUUGUUAUAUGGGAAUUAACUUCUUUCUUCAGCCUUUUAUUUAUGUAACUGCACACAGGGUCAAUGUGGGGAAAAAAGGAUUAUAAUGUGAAUAAUUUUGAGAUGAAAAUCAUAAACAGUAAAAUCCUGACUGUCACGUGCCUUAAGCUGUAUUUUAGUAACCCUAUACAAAGUCCAUUUCUUAUUGCUAAAAUUAAUUGAAUUUUAAUUUGUGUAUUUUAUCCAUUGAGGCAACAAAGUUUGGUAUCUCUGCAUAAACAUGAGCAUUAAAUCCAGGUACAUACUCUCUCUUUCUUUCUGUUCCUAUCUCCCUCCCUUUUGCUCUCUAUCUCUCUCUCACACACCUUUUCUAUAUUUCUCUCCUAAGAGAAAUGAAAAAAAAAUAAAUAAUAUCAUAUAAAUGAUCU